AUGCAGUGGCGGAAGUUCGCACGGCUGAAAACGACUGCUACCGGACAUUCGCGCACGCGAAGAAUGCUUUGUUGUGGCCGAAGAAAGGAAAAUGGAAGAUCUGUGCCUGACCUCACUGCAAGCCCCGGGCGGGCACCGCCGGGUCCGAUGCCUUCCCACCAGGCGCAGGCACUCCAGCAGCAGCAACACCAGCAGCAACAGCAGCAGGGCCUGCAGGGACACCAUCAGCAGCAACAGCAGCAGCGACAGGGUUCGAAGGAACCGGUCCUGCUGCAGGGUGACUUCCGGAAGGUGUCCGGCAUCAGUUCGGAGAUCUUCCGGCAGAUUGAGGCGGUGGAAAAUGACCACGAUCCGAGUACCGCGGCCGCUCUGGAGGUGGUGGAGCGAAGGGGCGAAAUGAUAGUUCGCAUCCUGGAGCCUCGAUGUAUGGGCAGUCGGCAGGCCAUCGACGCGGGACAGAAGUUCCUCAACAAGAGUGAUGCUAGGCACACGGUGCAGCUGGUAGAGAUCGUCAAACGACCGGGCCAGACACUGGGGCUGUACAUCCGCGAGGGCAACGGAGCCGACCGGUCGGAUGGCGUGUUCAUAUCUAGGAUAGCUUUAGAGUCGGCUGUUUACAACAGCGGCUGCCUGCGGGUUGGUGACGAGAUUCUGGCCGUAAAUUUGGUCGACGUAACGCGGAUGUCCCUAGACGAUGUGGUAAUCAUCAUGUCCAUACCGCGCCGUCUCGUGCUGGCCAUUCGCCAGCGGCGUGGUAACCGUGGUGCAAACUCGCCCGGUCCACCGCAGAUGUCGCGUCCGGAGCAGAAACCACCGCCAGUGGUCGUCAUCAAGCGCGACCUGCGGGACGAAGAUCUGGACGAUUCGGACCGGGCCCCACGUUCCUCCCGGUCUUCGCGCGAACGUCGCACCGGGGACGGUCGCGAAAUGACGGAGUCACGGUCACGUCUCGGACUGGGCCUAAACAAUUACAGUCCGCAGAGCGAACAGCUCGAUCUGUACUAUGGCGGUGGUCGAGGCCCGGGCGGUGGUCCCGGUUCGGUCGAAACACCCAGCUGGGGCUACAAACCACCGGCCCCGCCUUCGUCGGUCAUCACGGAGCAACCGAAGGGUAUGCAUGGUGGCUUCCAGACAUCGCACUCCUACUACCAGAAUGCCGGCACGCUCGAGAGUCUAGCGGAGAAGGUGCACGCGUUCUACCCGUCGGCCACCACUAGCCGUCGCAUGUCGGCGGGCCCGGCCGGUGUCGCGAUGAGCCAAUCGCAUCAGCGUUUCCCGCGCAGCGGUUCCGACCAACAUCUGCCGCGCGUCGAGUACGCCGACUAUGCUUCCCUGGGGCGGCAUCCACUGCUGGCACGGUCCAGUCUCAAGUCGGAUCUGGUCGGUGCGGCACCGAUCGCUGGUGGUACGCUCGGCCGGUACGGUCGGUACGAUGCACCACCGCAGCCACGCGGCCCCAAGUACGGGCCCUCACCGCUGGGUGCGACGGCCUCGCUGCAGCGCAGAUCACGCCCCGCCCUCGACUACUCCAGCGACACGGAGGCCACCAUCGGACCACGACCAAGCUACUACUACUACAAUCAUCCGGCAAUGGCGGCCAGCGGUACGAUGGGCCGUGGCAGCACGCAGGCACUCGGCGGGGGUCCCGAGUUUGCAAAGUUUAACUCGUUACCGCGCGAACGACCCGGUGCCACACGGUUGGGUCUUCGGGGACGCAUCGCGGACCGGCUGCAGGACGAGGCGGACGGGAAUGUGUCCGCGCCGGAGUACUCGCUGCCGAUCCGGCGAGAUAUUCGCGACCUGCGUAACCGCAUCACGGCCAGCCCGUCGAUCUUCACGUCGGACGAGUACCGGGCGUGGUUAAGGCGAGCGCCGAGCAGUUCGGCGAUCUGCGAGCAGAUGCGCGCUUCGCGGGACCUUCUCAACCAGCAGCGCGCCCACCGAUUCUCCUGCAGCGCGGAGAACAUCCAUGACGUGCUGAAGAACACCGAACACAUCUACAGCAGCCGUACGGGGCUUGCCGUGGGUGGUGGUGGUGGAGUCGUCGGAGGUACGCUAGAUCGGCACUCGAUGGCGGCUGGCGGGCCACGCAUGUCCUCGCUGCCGGUACGCUCCCUGUCCUCGCAGCACAUUGGCGGACCAUCCUCGAUUCGCUCGCCGAGCGUGCGGCGCAUGAGACAGCUGCUGGAGCUAACGCAGGGUGCCGGCGUGGGCGGUGUGCCGGGUUCGGUCGUGGCGGCACUAACCGGCCACCAGAGUCCGGCACCGACGCCCAGCACGACACUGCCGAGAGCGCACCGUCAGAUAGACAUCAAUCCGGCGGAGUACACCAAGUACAAGCUGGACAAACCGGUGGUGGAUGCAGUUGGUAUGUCGGGUAUGCUCUGGAUACACCUGCUGGCCGGACGCGGGUUGCGCGCGAUGUCCGAAACGUCCCAGAUACAGCAGCCGCUCAUACGCGAUCUGUACUGUGUGCUCGAGUGUGACCGCAUCCACAAGGCGCGUACCGUCGUCCGCUCGGGCGACCUGCAGUUCGAUUGGGACGAAUCGUUCGAGCUGGAUCUCGUGUGCAACAAGCAGCUGGACGUGCUCGUUUACUCGUGGGACCCGCAGCAUCGGCACAAGCUGUGCUAUCGUGGAGCGCUUUCGCUCACGACCCUGCUACGACAAUCACCGAUACAUCAGCUAGCGCUAAAGGUUGAACCAAGAGGCACCAUCUAUCUGCGACUCCGGCACACGGACCCGUUCCAGCUGUUCCGGCGUCGUGGUCUGCCAAGCCUCCGGGGCAACGUUCCCGCCCUGUUCGGUGCUGAUCUGGAGACGGUGGUAACGCGAGAAUCGAAGGGAGCGCCCGGCAGUGCACCGGUCCCCAUCAUACUGCGCCGCUGCGUCGAGGAAGUAGAACGCCGUGGCCUGGACAUUAUUGGUCUGUAUCGUCUUUGUGGUUCGGCCACGAAGAAGCGAUUGCUUAGAGAGGCUUUCGAGCGGAAUAGUCGUGCCGUUGAAUUGACGCCGGAACACGUGCCCGACAUCAACGUCAUCACGGGCGUGUUGAAGGACUAUCUCAGGGAGCUGCCGGAGCCACUGUUCACCAAGUGUCUGUUCCAGAUGACGGUGGAUGCCCUAGGUAGUGUCUGCCUACCGGAUGAUCCCGAGGGUAAUGCCAAACUUAUGCUCAGUAUUCUGGACUGCUUGCCGCGUGCGAACAGGGCCACACUCGUGUUUCUGCUCGACCAUCUGUCGCUGGUCGUGUCCGCGUCCGAGCGAAACAAAAUGUCGGCCCAGGCGUUGGCGACGGCUCUCGGUCCACCGCUGAUGCUGCACUCGGCGAGCGUCGGCGCCAACGAGGAGAUUGAUCACGCACAACCGAUCGCGGUGCUGAAGUACUUGCUGCAGAUCUGGCCCCAGCCGGGUACGGGCCCGGGCGCACCUACUUCAGGUCGGCGCGGCGAGCCAGUCGAGCCGCGUGGAAACAAAGCCAGUGCGUUGCCAGCGGGCAAAUCGGCGGUGGGGCCAUCGCCGGGGCUGCAGCUGGGCAGCAGCAUCAGUCACCGCAGCAGCAGCAGCUCCAACAUCCAGCAUCAGCUGCACAGCACCAGCAGCACCAACCUGGCGGCGGCCACCAGCUCCAUCAGCUCCAGCAUCAGCCGCAACCCGCACGCGCUGGCCAGCAGCAGCAGCAGCAGCAACAUCCAGUCGUCGGUACCACCGUCUAUACAGCCCCGUACAGCAGCCAACAAUCCAUCAACCACAUCCUCAACGCUCGGUCAGCAUCUGCUCUCAGCCACUCCCAGCACUCUUCAGUAUCAAUCAGUAGUGGCUCAGUUAGCUCAAUCGCAUCGAGCCUUGCAACAAGCGGGCCAACAGCCCCAUCAAUCGGAGGUCUCAGCGGGCUUGGUGGAGCGCGUCCAAUCGCCACAUCACGCCACACCCUCCCCAAGCUCUAGUUCCACUUCGUCCGCGUCCGGUUCUGGGUCGGGUACUGAUACAAUCAAACGUGGAGCAUCACCUGCCUCGGUGAAGUUUAAGGAGUCUACCAGCAGCUACUCGCUUAAGUCUGACACACAAAACCGCAUGCUGGCCAGUACGCGACAGCAUCCGCAGAUCACUGGUGCUUCGUACGCGAACGGGUCGCCCAGCAACGGCACGGCUGCUACGACAUCUUACGCGACCGAUCUGUUGCAUGCCAGAAGCAGCGGUCUGUUCGCCUCGUCGGCCGGUUCCGACUUCCUAUCGUCGACGUCCUCGAUCGCCUCCUCGGUUGCUUCGUCGGCUGCCGGUGCGGGUCCCGCCACAUCCUCCGCCUCGUCCGUCGGUUUGUACGGCAAGGCGGGCGCGGCAUCCGGUGCCGUCAGCUCGGCACCCGUCACCAGCACGCUCAACAUCACCACGUUCAGCUUGGACGAGAAGAACAAUCUGGUGGUGUCGCCGUCACCCUCGUCGGCCUCGGAAUCAUCCUAUCGGUCAUCGAGUCCGGCCUCGAGCAUUCAGCGCGACAAGUCCCCGAACAAGUCCGGCUCGCCGUCACCGUUGCGCCGGCAGGAUCCGCUCGAUCGUGCCGACAGUUUGCCUUCCACCGGUACAACCGCCCCGCCGACGGCGGCCACCGUGUCGGCGACUCCCGCCACGUCGGCAUCCAGCGGCGGUAGCUCGUUCAUGUCGUCGCUGCGCAGUCAAACGCUCGGCAGCUAUCAGUUCCCGUCGACCAGCCUGAAGCUGACCAGCCAGCUGAGCAGCGGAUCGUCCGGUCAGGACGUGUCGGACGAUGGCAGCACAUCGUCGCUGCUGCGCAAACUCACCUCGUCCUUGUCGCGCACGAUCGUGAGCAAUACCGGUACGUUACCGUUGUCGCUCGGCAGGGAAAAGCUGUCGGAACUAUCGUCGACGGGAGCGUCCGGUACGGCCGGACCGGGCAGUAGCUCCGCGGGUGCCUACUCGAGCAGCAGCGGCAUCGGUAGCAUUAGCAGCAGCAUUAGUAGCAGCAUCGGUGGAAGCAACAGCAGCAACAACAGCAACAGCGGUGGUCUGCGCACGAUGAGCAGCUCGCUGGGGUAUACGGGCAUCGGUAGCGGGGCGUCCGCACUGGACGGUGGGUCGUCCGGGAUUGGGUCCAGCUCGGUAACGACAGCUGCGGCCGUCACGAGCAUGAACAUCUACGGCACGCUGCCCAAGAACUCUUCCAUUUACUCCUCGUACGGGGUCGGUGCGGGUACGUCCGUGAGCGCGUCGGGCGGUGGGCUUUCGGGGCUGCUGUCCGGUACGACCAGCUCGUACGGCAUCAGCGAGCGGCUUCGGGCGCUCACGACGGGUGGCAGUGGUUCGGGUGACGGAUCGACCGGUGGAUCCACGAGCAUUGGCGACAGUGGCGCCACCGGGUCGUCGGCGGGCGAUCUCGAUAGCAGCGGGUACGAUUACGAAUCGUCCGGCUUUUCGUCCGCCUCGUACAGUGGCAUGGCGACCAGUGGGGCCUCGAUCGGGUCCGGCGGUGGUCUGUCGUCGUCCUACUUUAGCACCGGCAGCAACAGUAGCCCAUUCGCUACCGUGUCCGGCAGUAGUACGAAGGCAUCGGAUACGAACCCGUACCGGGUGCCGUACGCCUCCACCAAUCCUUUCCUGCCAAGCUUUAACCCGACGAGUGACGGUAGUAAUGGUCGCGCCGACUUAAAGACAACACUGGACGACGAACCAUUCGACAUGAAGUAA